AUGUCUCUCAUCUUCAAACCAAGCUGGGUCAACGAGGGCAAGGGCGCCAAGGUCAUCCGCGUCAUCGGCAACCAAUAUCUUAGAAACCUAGAUCCCUUCCUCAUGCUCGAUUAUUUCAAAGUUAGACUGCCUGCCGGCUUCCCCGACCACCCCCACCGUGGCUUUGAAACCGUCACCUACAUGCAGCAGGGAAGCUUCUACCACGAGGACUUCAAAGGACAUAAGGGAAAAAUAGGCCCUGGUGAUUUGCAAUGGAUGACUGCAGGCAGAGGAAUUGUUCACUCGGAAGUCCCCGCCUCUUACGAUGAAGACAACCUAGGCUUCCAACUGUGGAUCAAUUUGGAGAGCAAGAACAAGAUGAUCGAGCCAGCUUACCAGGAAUACACAAGCGAUAAGAUACAAGUAUACCAGGGUGAUAAGGUGGAAGUCAAGAUCAUCUCUGGCAAGUGGGAAGGAAAAACUGGCCCAAUCUACGCCAGAACUCCUCUUACUACUUCGACGUCCAUAUCCUGCCUGGAGGAGUCUUUGAACUUCCCAUUUCAGGAAUCUGGAACACAAUUAUCUUCGUUUACUAGGGAGGAGUGCUCUACCAGGACAAGGAUGUCGUGGAUACGCUUCACUGCUGUGUUUGCAUAA